UUUCUUACUGCAUUGGCGGUAAUUGUGUAAUAAAAGAGCGCACGUUUGACGCAGUUAUUCCGUGUCUUUUUGAGACAUGAAACUUUACUUGAGACAUUUCCAAGCUUUGAAUGAGAAUGAGAGCUAUCUUUUGGUUCUGUAAUACAUGUCGCCUCGGACCUGUGUGCAAGUGUAUUCAGUAAUUUGAUUAAACUCUGAUUCUGAUGUCACACAGCGAGUCUGAAAGUGACAUCUGGGAAUACAAACCUCUUAAGAAGACUAAAAGACAAGCCACAAGUCCGAAAUCUGCUGCAGAUGGAUCAAAGCGACGGAAGUUGGCAAAGCAAGGGGCGUCAAAGAAGAAGUCAAAGAAAACCUGCAGAGGGAGUAGAUUGAGUACUGAGCCCAAGACAGCGACUACACUAUGUACAGAGACUGAAUCUGUUCAAGUGACCGAGGUAGAUGGACCACUAACCAAAUCCUCCAUACCAUCUGACUCACAGUCAGCUGAAGUGCAUGAUGGGCCAUCAUCAGAACAGCAUUCUCAGUCCAGGGGUUACUGUCCUGUCUGUCAAAUGCCAUUUUCCAUUUUGGUCGUCCAGACAACACAAUGGCAUGUUGCUGAAUGUCUGGAGAACCCUGGGGAAACAAGUAAAGAAUGUCCAGAUGGCCUACAGUGCUCCUCCUCCAUUCCAAGCCACUACAAGAGGUACAGCCACUCUCUUUUAGCUCACAGUCGAGCACUAAAUGCCACAGAGUCUGCAUCUUCAAUACUGGGCCACACGCCUAGAUUCCAUCUGGAGCAGAAUACAUUUAAUAAGGAUACCAUUAUUUAUAGUAAAGAUAGCUUUGUGGACAGUGCUGUCAAUCUGUCUACUGCAUCCAGCCAGAGUGCCUUUCCUGCUCACGGAUCCAGAGAAUCUCGUACUCCUGUCCAUCCUAAUGCCUUACAGCUCUUACGCUCACCUGGGCCUGAAGAUAUUAAGAAAAAGAAAGGCUGGUCCCCUUCUACCAAAGGACCUAGAUCUCACACCUCAUCUCAUGAAGCUAAAAUUAGGAUAUCAACCCCAUUGAAAGCAGGAAAUAUAAGCCAUGAUGUUCAGACCGGAGAAGUAAAAGAGGAGCCGUGUACUUUAGGUGAUGAUGAUUAUAUCUCAUAUUCUCCUCUUUCUGAGGUCCCUGCUGAAACAGAAGGGAAGCAGAUAAAGAAAAAACUGUUUCACAGUACAGCACUAGAAGACAUGAAUGAGAAAAAUGAUAAUUCAGAUUCAUUGAUACUGUUCAAUGAUAGUGCAAUAAGUGAUGAUGACCUGUUUGCUGAUAUCUUAGAUCAGUAUGAAACCGAGACAAGCCAAGGAGAUCCAGUCGUUAAGGAGUCUCUGUACACCUGUGACCAAUUAGAGUCACAUGAACAUUUGACGAGUUCCAGCUGCACAGGCCCUAAUGAUAGCCCUCAUCAGUCCAGUUCCCCUUUUAGCCACUCAAAAGACGUGCAUGUAGUGAAAGAUAGGGAAGAUAAUCCUCAGCUAUCAUCUCCUCAAAGCCUGGUCUUGGACCGUCUUCGUGAAUGUAUAUCAAACACUGCACAGUUCAACGGUCUUAAUUCUACUUGUGUUGAUGUAAAGUCUGAAUCUUUGAAACAGGAAAUGUCUUCCACUCAAACCAUUUUGGCCACUAGAAAACAAACUCUUUCCAUAACGCCCAAAAAACCCCAGACCAGAGCAAGAACAUCCGGGUUAAAGCAAACUGAUAUCGGAGUCUUUUUUGGAUUGAGACCUUUGAAAGAAAAGAGAGAGGAAGUUAGCACAACUGUGGAAGAGAAACUCCUGGUGAGCUCUGCUUCAGGGAAGAGCUCUGGAACUGUAGAACGGCAGAAUAGACGGAGGAAGAACACUGCAGCAUCUGAAGCGACCAGGACGAGGGAAGAAGCAGAAGAAGGAUCUGCUCAGCCUACGCAAACAGAAGGCAACCGAGGAGCGAGGGCAUGGGGGAGGAAGAGGUGGAACACAACAAGAGCGACAGAUGGAGGAGCAGAAGAGGCCAAACGAUGCCCGUUUUACAAGAAAAUCCCAGGAACGACCUUUGCUGUGGAUGCUUUUCAGUACGGGCAUAUCAAAGGCAUCACAGCCUACUUCCUCACACAUUUCCACUCUGAUCACUAUGGAGGACUGAAGAAAACCUCAACUUUUCCUAUCUAUUGCAAUAAAAUAACGGGCAACCUGGUGAAGAGUAAACUACAUGUGGAUGAGCAGUAUAUCCAUAUUCUUCCCAUGAAUGAGGAAUGUGUAGUCGAUGGUGUAAAGGUUAUCCUACUAGAUGCCAAUCACUGCCCAGGGUCGGCCAUGCUGCUGUUGCUGUUGCCAGAUGGCCAGACUGUGCUCCACACAGGUGACUUCCGGGCUCAUCCGUCCAUGGAGCGCUACCCAGAGUUGCAGGGUGACAGGAUUCAGACACUUUAUCUGGACACCACGUACUGCAGUCCAGAAUAUACAUUUCCCACCCAGCAGGAAGUGAUAACCUUUGCUGCUAAUACAGCGUUUGAGCUGGUCACACUCAAUCCUCGCACACUGAUUGUGUGUGGCACCUACUCGGUAGGAAAGGAGAAGGUUUUUUUGGCCAUUUCUCAGGUGCUAGGUUCUAAGGUCUAUAUGUCCAAAGAUCGUUAUAAAACCAUGUGCUGUCUAGAGUCGGAGCACAUCUACAAGUGUAUUACCACAGACAUGAAGGCAGCUCAGAUCCAUGUUCUUCCCAUGAUGCAGCUCAAUUUCAAGAAAAAGUGUUCUCUCUUGUGAGCACUGACCUUUUUCUCGUCUCCUCGGCAAACCAUAUCACAGGAAUGUCUCUCUUUUACUCUCUCUUAUCUUGCAAAAACAUGCUACCGCUCUCACUCCUUCGAAUGGGGUGUUCCAACGGCCUGCCAUUUUUACCUUCACAGAUGAUCACACUGUUCAGGCACAUGAGUGUCUGAUGAUUUGUGUCUAACCAAUAAGUGUUAAAAUUAUUGUCUUGAUAUACAGGUGCAUCUCAAAAUAGGUUAAUAUCAUGGAAAAGUUCAUUUGUUUUUCUGUAAUUUAAUUAAAAAGUGGAACUUUCAUAUAUUCAAGAUUCUUUACACAAAGUGAAAUAUUUCAAGCCUUUUUUUGUUUUAAUAUUGAUAAUUAUGGCUUACAGCUCAUGGAAAUCAAAAAUCCAGUAUCUCAAAACAUUUUUAAUACAGAAAUGCUGACCUUCUGAAAAGUAUGUUAAUUUAUGCACUCAGUACUAGGUUGGGGCUUUAAUCCUAUUGCACAAAUUACUGCACCAAUGCAGCGUGGCAUGGAGGCAUUCAGCCUGUGGCACUGCUGAGGUGUUAUGGAAGCCCAGGUUGCUUUGAUAGUGGCCUUCAGCUCGUAUGUAUUGUUGGGUCUGGUUUCUCUCAUAGAUUCUGUAUGGGGUUCAGGUCAGGUGAAUCCGAGAGAUUAAAGUCUCAGGAAAUCUUUGCAGGUGUGUUGAGUUAAUUAGCUGAUUAGAGCUCUUCUCAGGUUGAUAUUUCUGUAUUUUAAACUCUUUAUUCUAAUAUUGAGACUGGAUUUUUAAAUUUUAUUUCCAUGUGCUGUGAACUGUAAUCAUAAAGAUUAAAAGAUAAAAGGCUUAAUUUCACUUUGUGUAAUGAAUAUGCUGAAUAUAUGAAAGUUCCACUUUUUGAAUUAAAUUAUGGGAGGAAAAAAUUUACCUUUCCAUGAUAUUCAGAUUUUUUGAGAUGCACCUGUGUGUAAUCUUGGCUUGUUGAAUAAACUGAGACUUUGUGUGUGUGAUGUUCUUUAAGGCUAAUUGUGACUGUUGGAUAAAUGCACUUAAUUAUGAGAAAAUUAUUAGAUAUAUUCAAUUAAUGUUAAUAGAUUAAAGUUUGAAACUUGUUAAUGAAGUCUUUUUAAUUAUAAACAUGCACAUUUUUCUGAAAGGUAUUAAAAGUAGUAGAGCAAUUAAAUAAUUUUAAGGUGUUGCUCUAAUUACUGUAAAGUUUCUCAGUAGUUGUAGUUUAUGUAGCUUUUUACAUUUUCUGAAUGUCGUUUUACAGAACUUAAAAACGUAUUUGAGCAAGUUUUCUGGUACGUAUGACCAGCUGGUGGCAUUCAAGCCCACGGGCUGGACCUUUACUCAGGAAGUGGGGG